UUUCUCAUUUCUGGAGUACAAAAGAUUCCACGUUCAAAAAGCCAAGCCAGAAAUAAAAGCAAAAAAAAGAAAACUUUAAAAAUGGCCACGUGGCUUUCUCCGACCAACGUUCACCCUGCUUUGCCGGAAACUGCUACCUCCACCACUUCAGCUGCCGCCGGUUCCGUCCUACGCCCUUGCCGCUUCCCUCCACUCUUCAUCUCUUCAUUUUGCUACACUAAUAAGACCUUCUUAUCAUUCACGCCUCAUAUUCACCGUUCAAUUCCUCGCUCCGCCGCCAAUCGUAACGGCUGGCCUUUCCGCUGCUCCUCUGGCAUUCCCGACCCACCCAAUACGGAAAACCCGCCUCCAUCAUCUUCAGGUGUUAGAGAAAAUAUGUCCAAAGCACAAGACACAGUACGGAUCUUCUUUGCAGUUUUAUUUUGGAUGUCCCUUUUCUUCUGGUAUUCUGUAUGGGAUGGAAAGAAUGAUGGGAGACCAACUAAGGGAUCUCGAUUUAGAAGGUGAUGACGUGAGCACUUAAUCUUGUGUUUUAGCAAUAGAAGUAGAGAGAACAAGAAGAUUCAGUGUGUAAAAUAGCUCUAAAAUACAGAGACAUGAAGAAAAUUUAUGCACUUGUGUAAAUUUAAUUUAGUUAUCCUUUUGCUUUGCAAUCAUUGCUUAA